AUGGACAGUAACUCAGUGAUAAUAAGAUCUCUAAAAUUGGGGGAAACGGAACAGAAGGUGGCAACAGUGGAACUCCCACGAGAAAAAGCAAUAAGAUUAACGAAGAUGGGGACGGUAAAAAUUGGUUGGGUACAGUGUACAGUCAAGGAAAGGGUAGCAGUAGCAAGAUGCUACAACUGUCCGGAUAUCGGACACAUAGCUGUGGAUUGCAAAAAACCUAAGGCGAAGGAGGAAACUUGCAUAAACUGCGGGGAGCAGGGACAUAGGACAAAAGACUGUAAAAAUUCGACAACUGCCCUACAUGCGAAAAAAGUGGACAUUGACUGGACCAAAUGGCGUGCCCAAGAUUUAAAAGCGCCAUAG